AUGGAAAAUAUAAAGUCGAUUGAAGUUUUAAAAACAUUGGAGUUUAUUAAAAACUUGAGAAAAAUAGAAUGUACUAAUUAUGAAGAACUGGUUACAAAUAUAAAAAGACGUCAAAAUCAACUCGAGGAAAUGUUACAAAAUUAUGCAUCUUUACUCUGUCAAGAGGCAAACAGAAAAUGGAUGGAAAUAAGCCAAAUUUUAUCAACAUAUGAAAGACGAUUAAGGACAUAUAGCAACCAACAACAAUCUACAGAUUCUAUGUCCUGUGAGUUAAAUUGUAGUGUUCUUCCAAUAGAAAAGAUGCCCCGAUUUCAAGAUGGCAGUAUGUCUAGAAAAUCUAUUUCAGACAGUUUUGGUAGCAUAAAGAGAACUACGUGUUUUGAUGUUGAACUGCAAAAACUCCACUCAUUUGACACAAUACUGUCAUAUAUAAAUCCAGUAUGUGCAGUGAACGAUAGCACGGCGUUAUUAGGCUGUGCUGUUGACAACACUAUAGCAUACGCUUCCGUUGGAUCUACAGAGACACAUUUAAAGUCAUACCAGAAAAUUGAUGUCUGCUCAAUUGCAAUUCUUCGCUCAGGUGGACUUAUAUUUUCAAGCUCAACAAAUGACACAACUGUUAAAAUAUUAACUGGAGAUGGUUUAAUUGAAACGUAUCAUGAUUUUCAACCCCUUAUUCCGAAAGGACUAUGUAUUUCGAACGAAGGUGGAAUUCUUGUUGGACUUCGCGAGAAAACAACUGAUCCUUUUUGUGUUAAUAAAUUAAGUAUAAGACAAGUUAGAAAGCUAGAUAAUUUUGGUAGAACAAGUCGGAUUUAUGAAUUAGAUGUAGAGAAAAAAAAAUUAUUUACCGUACCAUCUAGAAUAUCAACAGACGGAAAUAUUAUUUAUGUCGUCGAUACCAUUGACAACGAACACGGACAGAUUGUUGCAUUAUACGAAACCGGAAUGCUUCGUUGGGUUUAUGAAGGUUACGAACUGUCACAAAACAUGUUUUGUCCAAAUGACAUUACAGUUACAAGUCGUGGAAUAAUUAUAACUACUGAUACAUUUAAUGAUGCGCUACACUUCAUUUCUACGGAUGGUUCGGUUUUACUUUAUCAAACAUUGAACUCUUUUGGUAUGUAUUUACCUUGCAGUGUUAGUAUGGACUUUCGUGAACGAUUAUGGGUUGGAUGUGGUAAGAAGGGUUCAAAAAAGGCCCAAUGCCAUAUCUUGUCUAUUUAUCCAAUUGAAGCGUAG